AUGACUGUGGAGUCCAACGUGUUGGUGUUAGCAAAGGUUCGCCAUUCUCAGAUGCUGAAUGCUGCCCCUCUGCGUCCAUGGAUCAUAGCUAACAAAGAUGGGACAAUAGAAGCAGCACAUUGUGAUUGCAAGGCUGGACUAGAAUCAGUGGUGAGCCUAUUCAACAGCGGUCAUCCCAGAAACUUCCUGAUGUCCCGAGACCAUCAGCUGCAGACAGACUUGAAAUAUUGCACGACUUGCAUCGCGUGA